AUGUUGGCUGCUGUUGUUGCUGUAUUCAAUGGAGCUGGAUUUGAAGAUUUGCAACAGCUUAAUAAUAUGCUGCAACAAUCCCAUAAAGAAGAGCGGUGUCGCAAGCAAGAAUUUGGUGCGAUUGACAUUGAUCGUAGGUCAGAUAACAAAGACAACAUCAAGAACGAAAUGGAUACAAAAUGUUGCCUGUCUUUUGACUUAUCAGAGCACGGAUUUGGUGUUAUUUCAGAUGAUGACAGUAGCAUAAAGGCAGAUUAUUUUGGUGUAAAUCAAGAUUCUGAUCUUAUGAACAUAGUUGAACCUGCGGAUGGAACAUUAACCUCACCUGAAAAUUUGGGCAGCCUAGAAUAUGAUAAUCUUUUCAACAAGCCUAGUACAGAUUACGAUUGGUGGGAUUUUUGGUCAUAA